UGCACACUUCUGCUCGAUCUCUCUCCUUUCACCCGUUAAAUCCUCAAUCGCAACAAUGGGGAUUCUCAAUCUCUUUGGCAAGGCAAAGCCCCCUCAGCCUGUAACAGUACCGACCGACACCAUCGUCCCACUCUGCUUCUGGGAUGGCCGGCCAUAUCAACACAGUAUCUGUCUAAAUGUCUCUUACCGGUUCGAUGACGUGCUCGAUAUUAAGACACUUGAUCAAUCCUUGACGCGACUACUGCAGCGCGGAGAUUGGCACAAGCUAGGUGCACGAUUACGACGAAAUAACGCCGGGCAGCUUGAAUAUCAUAUCCCGCAAGAAUACAAUCCUCAGCGACCAGGCUUCAUCCUUACCUCUGAGAAAUAUCCGAUGAAAGCUGCUGAGCAUCCUCUAGCGUCAAAAAUCCCCACGGCAACAGAUACACCCCGUGUACUCGGCACAGCAGGUGAGGUCAUCCCCCUCUAUCGCCAUGCGCAAGCGCCACAAUGUCUGGAUGAUUACAUCUACACGGACCGACCCCAACUCACAAUCCAUGUUGCCUCAUUCACCGACACGACCAUUUUGACAAUUACCUUCCUGCACACCCUCAUGGACGGAAUGGGUAUGUCCAGCUUCUUUGCAGCAUGGACAGCUGUACUCCGCGGCCAAGAGGACCAAGUGCCGACUUUCCUCGGAUUGGACACGACUCCAAUGCAAACUUUGAACAGCACGACCUCUAAAGAACCCUUCGUACAUCAAGGCCUCUUACUGAAAGGAAUUCACUUGAUUAUCGGUACCAUGUAUUUCCUGUGGGAGUAUUUCUGGCAGGGUCCGGAAGAGCAGCGUAUUCUCUGCAUCCCCGGAGCCUUUGUCGACGGAGUGCGAAGUCAGGCAAUCCAGGAACUCAAGACCACCAUCGGAGAUGCCGCUAAUCCCCAAGCCCCGUUCCUUAGCGAAAGUGAUGUGCUCUUAGCGUGGUGGACCAAAGUGGCAAUCACAGCACUGAGCCCGGCUCCAGACCGCUUGCUCGCGUUGAUGAACAUCUUCGACUUCCGCUCUCUUGUCCUGCCUCCAGAGCUGACUGAACCCUCGAAGAACGUCGCCGUCAUCGGAAACGCCACAUUUCAGGCUUACACCUUCCUCCGGGUCCGUGAAAUCCUCGCCAUGCCGAUCAGCCAGCUGGCCGCGCAGAUCCGCCACUCACUAGUUCAGCAGCGCACCAAGCCGCAGGUGGAAGCCCUGGCAGCGGUGAUCCGAGCGUCUACAGAAGCGAAUGGGGUUGAUGCGACGCUCUUCGGCGAUUACAACACGCUUCUCAUGGCGUGGUCGAAUUGGCACAAGGGCCGGCUCUUUGAGAUCGACUUCUCGGCGGCAGUAACAUCGAUUGGUACAUCAACAGCAGAAGGAGAGCGGCGACGCACGAACUCGGUGGGGCGGCCUUCCUAUAUCGCCGUGAAUGGAUCUGUGAGCGGCCCCAUGCCGACGAAUAUCGGGCCGAUGAUGGGUAAGGAUGCGGCGGGGAGUUGGUGGUUGACUUGGACCCUGCCCCGAUGGGCAUGGCCUGCGGUAGAAGAGCAGGUGCAUGGGGUAGAAAAGUCGAAAACUCCUUAGCAUGAUGAAUGUUGCAAAAGAGUCUAUAGAGUUAAUAAGAGGGAAGGUUGGUCGGGAUGUUAUACAGCUAUAUAUGCCGCGCUGGAAGCAAAUCUGUAUGAUGUUGUUGAGCUAUGAGCUCAAGGUCCUAUGGAAUUAUCAAAAUUGCAUUUAUGG